UCCCACACGUGGGGUAAACGUUUGAACGAACUGCAUGCUGCAACAGCAACAGACUUAAUCGGGCUUGUGAGAAUAAAUUGAACAUUUUACUAUUAUCUCGCCUUUUCUUCUUUCCCAGACCGCUUGGAAUUAAUUAGUCCUCCGUGAAGCAUUUCGCCGAGAGGGCCGGAAUAUCUUGAAGUCGAGUGAAAAUGACUGAAGCCCUAGUGAACCCCAAGGCCUACCCUCUGGCCGACGCUACUCUCACCAAAACCAUCCUGGAUUUGGUGCAACAAGCUGCAAACUACAAACAGCUCCGAAAAGGUGCUAAUGAAGCUACUAAAACCCUGAACAGAGGCAUUGCAGAGUUUAUCGUGAUGGCUGCUGAUGCUGAACCACUGGAGAUCAUCCUCCACCUACCUUUACUGUGCGAGGACAAGAACGUCCCAUAUGUGUUCGUGCGCUCCAAGCAGGCCUUGGGCCGGGCCUGUGGGGUGUCUCGUCCCGUUAUUGCUACCUCUGUGACCAUAAAGGAAGGCUCUCAGCUCAAGCCACAGAUUCAGUCUGUCCAAACCGCUAUUGAGAGACUGCUCGUGUAAUUCCUUUUUCCUGUGGAUGAUGACCACGUCUCUUCUGGAAUAAAGAGACAAUACCAAAAUAGACCUUAAGUUAAAUACAGCAUAUGGCUUGGCAUGAUGGUCUUUUAUGUUGGUGAAUCAGGUUUUUACUUUGUGUUUCAUUUUGUAGUUUUACUGUUUGAUUCACAAUAAACAUUUU